CCUAUCAGGGAGGUGUGGGUGGAACAUUCCUCCUGUGCAGGCUCCCUGGCAGUGGCAGGAGAGUGCAGGCAGUGAGUGGCCUGGGCUCAGCACACACUCAGCCAGGGCUGGCUCCCUGUGCAGCAGCAUGAGGAGGAGCAAGGUGAUGGUCCUGGCCACCUGUCUGGGUUCCUUCGUGCUGGUCAUAUUCUACUUCCAGAGCAGCCUGAGCUCAGUUGAUGAUCAUUUCACGGUUGGAAAUUGGAAUGGAAAGCCGCGGCGAAGCCCACUGCAAGCCUUAUACGACAGUGAUCAGUUUGAGCCUUCAACAAUCCAGUCGAAGCACCAAAAGCGCCGGGAGCUGCUGGCCAGCGCCUGCAAGACUUAUACGCGGAAACGCAGAGUCCUGACAGCUGAUGACCUCAAACACCUGAUUGUUGAUGACACCCAUGGUCUACUUUACUGUUAUGUGCCUAAAGUGGCCUGCACCAACUGGAAGAGGGUCAUGAUGGUGCUCACAGGCCAGGGCAAGUACAAGGACCCUACAUUCAUUCCAGCUAAUGAGGCCCACGUAUCCUCUAACCUCCGCGCCCUCUCUGAGUUCAGCACCUCGGAAAUCAACUAUAGGCUUCGGAACUACCUCAAGUUCAUCUUUGUAAGGGAGCCUUUCGAAAGGCUAGUUUCCGCCUACAGGAACAAGUUUACACGCUCGUACAACACGGCCUUUCACAAGCGUUAUGGUACCAAGAUCAUAGAGCGUCACCGUAGGGACCCGUCUCUUGAAGCACUUGAGCGGGGAGAUGACGUCACAUUCGAAGAGUUCCUCUAUUACCUAGUUGACCCACAGACACAGAGAGAGGAGCCAUUUAACGAGCACUGGGAGAGGGUCCACUCCUUGUGCCACCCAUGUAUUGUCCAAUAUGAUGUGGUGGGAAAAUACGAGACUCUUGAAGAGGAUGCUAAUUAUCUACUUCAGCUGAUUGGGGUAGGAGACUCCAUUAAGUUUCCAACGUCAUCCAAAACCACACGGACCACCGAUGGGAUGGCUGCGGAGUUCUUCAAGGGUAUCAACCGCUUCUACCAACGGCGUCUUUUCAACUUAUACAGAAUGGACUUUCUACUCUUCAAUUACAGUAUCCCACAUUACUUGCAGAUACGCUGAGAUGUGCAAUGAGAGGGUGCAGGGCCUGGUGCUCUUAAAAUGCCCUUUCACUGGAGGGAAUGCAAAAAAAAGGAGCCAUAUUUUAUUUAUUGCUGCAAUUGUUCUGCUCUGUGAACUUAGAUGUUGUACCAACGACGACACCAUGACUGUGAAAGCGGAUGAUCUGUUACAAGUGCUGUAUUUUCCGUAUAGUUUUAUAGCAGAGGGGACUGGACUGCCUGCUUUAGCACAAGCUUCUCUCCCAUUCUUAUUACUGUGCGAACAUUUUGAUAUGUGGCUGCUGGAAUCGGCCAUUUUGCUAUGGUAGCUUGUCAGUUGAUAGAAUGAUCUGCACCAAAGGAAGAAAGUCCACCAAAGGUAGAGAGUAUGCGGCUGUGAACUAAGGAACUUCUACCCAAAAGGUUCCAAAAAGUGUAUAUGUAGAUAGAAGGGUAGUUGUAGCGCUUCUCCAACCGUUAAUUUUUGAAAGUAUUGCGUGGGUACCGAGAAGUGUACGUUUACCAAGUGCAAUAACCUACAGUAUGUGAUCUGGUCACCCUUGAUGUAGGGAAUUGCGCCUUGGGUAUUAUUUAAUCGGAGAUCACAGUGUGUGACGUCUCUUGGAAUUCCAACUGUGUGAUCUUCAGUUGAUUCAUCGAAUAAAAUGAAAGAAAAACAUUGUUUUCUCUGCUGUAAAGAGUAGGCCCACUAGGAUAAGAAUUAUUAGUCCAUAGUCACCUUUUAUCUGACAUUUGUGUGCUUGUGUUUCAAACUAAUGUUCUUUGGUGACUUGAUGGACAAUGUAAGGGUACCCUCAUAAGAUGUGAGAAGGAAUUCCGUACUGUGAAGGAUCAUUUGAAUCCAUACAGUACUCCCUUAAUUAUAAAUGAAGCACCAAUCAAUGUUCCACAAAAAAACAAUAUUUAUUAGAUCAAUGCAAUUAAGGGUUUACAACAUCAAAAUCUCAAAUUGCUGCUGAAACACGAAUAUUGAUACAAAACAGAAAUAUAAAUUAAAACAAAUGUAAACAUUUUAAAAUAAAAAUACCAAAUAAGGGGUAUGUAGAAGUGAAUUGGGGAAAAAAGUGAACUCAAAGUCCUGGUGCAACGCGUUUUGCAGAUUCCUAUCUGCUUCCUCAAGUAAGUGGAUGUGGAAUGAGGUCUGAGAGGUUUAUGUAGGGCUAUCAGCCGAGGCAGCUUGACCUUUUCUUUUUUUACAGACAUACAUUCGGGACAAUGAGAAGCAGACCCUUUUAUUUUUCUAUUUUUAUUGUGUUUUUUUGGUGUGAAUGGAUGUGGCUUGUGACACCAAUAGACUUGAGCCCUAAAUUGGUGGCGGUAGGAUUGGUCUUAUUUAAUCCUAUCGGGGUCUCAGAAAUUUUUACAUGCAGUUCUAUAUCAUGUCUCAAGCUUUUCCUUUUUUUAGAAGUAUUUUCGUAAUUAAAUAUAAUUUAACGUGUCAA